AUGGAUCAAAAAGGCCCGGUGCAAGAUGAUGAUGCGCAGUUGGCUGCGAUGGGCCAUAGGCCGGAGUUGAAGCGACAAUUCUCGACUUGGGCUAUGCUGGGACUUGCGUUUGCGGUGCUGAAUGUUCGUGAUCAGAAUUUUCCGAACAUCCCAUCAUCCCAAUAUCUCCAGCUAACAGAUACAGUCUUGGACUGCUCUUUCAGCGAGCUUGUCAAUCAGUUUAACAUCUGGGGGCAGCACGAGUGUCAUCUGGGAGCGGGCGGGCAGUAUCACUGGGUCGCAGUUAUCUCCUGGCCAAGAUGGGUGCCAAUCUUGUCUUGGAUCACAGGGUGGAUUAACGUAGCGGGUUGGGUUGCGCUGGUAGCAACCAACUCCCUUCUUUCCAGUCAGCUUAUUGUUGGAAUCAUCUCUGCAAUGCACCCUAGUUAUGAGCCGCAGAGAUGGCAGCAGUUUCUCAUUUACAUUGGGCUGACGCUGGGCGCGUUCGUCAUUAAUGCUUUUAUGAACUCGAUUCUACCGAUUAUCUACCGUGGCGCAUUUACAUGGUCCAUUGGGGGCUUUGCAAUUGUCUGCAUUACGGUUCUGGCUUGCGCCUCACCUGACUUCAAUUCAGCCUACUUUGUCUUUGCCAAGUUUGUCAACGAAACAGGAUGGCCUGAUGGAGUUGCUUGGCUUCUCGGACUCUUGCAAGGUGGCCUUGGAGUCACUGCAUUUGAUGCGGUCGCGCAUAUGAUUGAAGAGGUUCCGAAUCCAUCCAUUGAAGGCCCUAAGAUCAUGGUCUCUUGUGUUGGAAUAGGCACCUUCACUGGAUGCGUGUUCCUUAUCGUUCUUCUAUUUGUUGCGGGUGAUAUGAACACAGUGACUACUUCGGCCGCAGGGCCUCUUCUGCAGAUCCUCAUCGACGCAACAAAGAAUAAAGCAGGUGCAAUUUGCUUGUUAAUGUUGCCUAUCGUGUGCUUGAUCAUGGCUAUCCUCAGUGUCAUGACGACCAGCAGUCGAAUGAUUUACGCCUUCGCUCGUGACGGUGGGCUCCCCGCAUCCAAAUUCUUUGCGACUGUUCACCCAACCCUACAACUGCCCCUGAAUGCCCUGGUCUUGACCGUGGUCGUGGUCAUUUGCUUUGGAUGCAUUUUUCUAGGAUCUUCUAGUGCCUUCAACGCCAUCAUUUCUGCUUCUGUCGUCGCCCUAGACUUAUCAUACGGCAUGCCCAUCCUUGUGAACUGUCUUCAAGGACGGAACACGCUCCCGGAGCGAAGAUGGAAACUACCCACCGCCGUCGGGUGGAUUUGCGAUAUUAUUUCCCUGUCUUAUAUAGCGCUCACCACCGUCCUCUUUGUGUUCCCACCUUCCAGCACGGUCACCGGAAGCAGCAUGAACUACUGUAUCGCCGCAUUUGCUGUUAUCAUCAUCAUUUCCGUGUUCCAGUGGAUUGUUGAUGGCCGGAAGAACUUUACCGGCCCUCGUAUCGAUCUUGGGGUUGACGGCGCAGAAGUUAUCCCAGCUGGACAUGAUCACGACUACGAAAAAUAG